AUGAACGCUGAAGCUCAAUACUUCCAAUAUCUUGCACAAUCUGCUGGAACAGAUAGCCGAGCACGAAGAAGACCAACUCCAGAAUUCACCGACUGGAACUUUCUCACUGAAUGGGAGAGGUCAAUGCAACCCAAAAAGAAAUUCCCUAAAUCCCAGAACGAACCUUUGGAAGAAAAUUUAAGCAAUCCACAGGAGCCUAUCCCGAAAUAUGAUACACCUCCACAAUCACAAGAUGAAUCCCCAGAAACAACACAUGAAAUAGACGAACAACACAAGCAAUCAAGAAAAGACAAUGGAAUGUUCCAGAGAUACAUUAUUCCAGUUUCUGUACUCAUCGGGGCUCUUAUAUUUUCCAUUCUCAGCCACUCUUUCUUUUCGGCAGCCGGAAACUUCGUUAAGAAUGUAUUAGAAGCUUUUCUUGUGCUUUUUGUUUUUCGUCCCGAUCAACUACGCGCUUUGAUUGAGAUACUCUGGGGAUGUUUCAAAUGUUUGGAGAAUUUCCCUCAAUUUUAUUAA